UUUGCUGUGUAAGCAUCAUCGUGAUCUUGUGGGGAGUUGAAGAUGUUGGAAGUAACAAGUGACAGACUUUCUAAGCACUGGAGACGAUUAGGAAGCUCUGAGUUCAUCCUGUUAAGCUAGAUGAACUUCCAACCUAAAACCAAUUGGUGAUAAGUGGAGUGGCUCAUCUAUCUUAUAUAUUACUUAGGUGCUGUUCGUUUGGUUACCGCAGGUACCGGCGGCAGCGGCAGCGUCAACAUUCGGCGUCAACUCCUGUUCGUUUCGUUGCCGCAGACAGCUGCGUCUGACGCCGCGUCCGAACGCCGCGUCCUGCGGCUGACACCGAUAAAACCUGCGGUCGCGACAUAAAACCUGCGGCCAAUAAGGUAAUUUACUAUUUUACCCUUACUAUGUUUUAGUAUUUACAAAAAACCUAAACCUAAACUUGACGCAGUCGGGGAAAGUGACGCAGCUCCAUCUCUAUCUCUCUCUCUCGAUCUCCAUUCCUAGAACCAGUGAAGAUCUUGAGAGCUCUCUCCAUCUCAAGCUCUCUCUCCAUCUCGAGCUCCCUCCAUCUCAACCUCUCUCUCCAUCUCGAGCUCUCUCCAUCUCGGGCUCUCUCUCCGUCACGAGCUGUAUCCAUCUCAGGCUCUCUGGCUCUCCCUCUGUCACGAUCUGUCUCCAUCUCGGGCUGUCUCUCUUCUCUGAAGAAAACCCAUCUCCGAUCUCAUCUCCAAGCUCUCUUACCCAUCUCCGAUCUCAUCUCGAAGCUCUCUUACCCAUCUCUGAUCUCAUCUCCAAACUCUCUCUUCUCCGAGCUCAUCUCAUCUCCAAGCUCUCUCUUCUCCUUUUCUCGUUGAGGCUCUCUCAUUUCAGGCUCCAUUGAUCUCAGGUUUGCUCAGACCUAGUGGAAAAGACUCAGAUCUUCUCAAGCUCAUUCUCUCAAGCUCAGACCCUCUCAAACUCACUCUCUACUGCUGUUCCUCUCACUUUUUAAGAUGUCGACGUCAAAAGAUAUGCUUGAAAGAUGGAUGUUGGAAGAUGAAGAUGGUGAUUAUGAUGAUGAACUUGGUUUGUUUGAUGUGGCUAUUACCGAGAGACUGAGUCAUAGAACAGAUCGAGGAGCAGGAUGGCGUUAUGUUCAACAACGUAUGUACGAAUCUGAUCAGCAAUGUUACGACAUUCUGCGCAUGAAUCAAAGGACGUUUGAAGCUUUGUGCAAGAUGCUAGCUCAGCGAUAUGGAUUGGAAGAGUCUCACCAUGUCUACCUUGAGGAAUCUGUUGCGAUGUUUCUCGAGACUGUUGGUCAAGAUAAGACCAAGAGGGAUAUUGCUGCAAGGUAUCAAAGAUCAUUGGAUACAGUACAAAGAAAGCUUGAUGAAGUCUUGAGUGCUCUUCUCAAGUUUGCAGAGGAUACACUAAAACCAGAAGAAGGCGAGUUUGCAAGAGUGAGUCCUGUUUUGAGAAACGAUGAUCGGUAUUGGCCUCAGUUCAGAGAUUGUAUUGGAGCACUUGAUGGAACUCAUAUCCCGGUUCGUCCUCCAAGUCAGAAUGCAGAUGCAUACAGAGGCAGAAAGCAAGAUCCUACAAUGAAUGUUCUUGCUAUAUGUAACUUCGAUAUGAAGUUCAUAUAUGCAUAUGUCGGUGUACCUGGUAGAGCACAUGAUACCAAGGUCUUGACUCAUUGUGCGAGAAACGAGGCUUCUUUUCCACAUCCUCCCCCCGGAAAGUAUUAUUUAAUUGACUCCGGAUAUCCGACCAGGACAGGGUAUCUUGGUCCGCAUCGUAAUAUGCGAUAUCAUCUUAGUCAGUUUGCUACAGGAGGACCACCAGUUAGUGCAAGAGAGUUAUUCAACCGAAAGCAUUCAGGUCUGCGAUCAGUGAUUGAGAGAACAUUUGGAGUAUGGAAAGCAAAAUGGAGGAUUUUGGAUCGUAAGCAUCCAAAGUAUGGUCUGGUCAAGUGGAUUAAGUUGGUGACAGCGACGAUGGCGCUACACAACUUCAUACGUGAUUCACAUCGGGAAGAUCAUGAUUUUGUACAGUGGCAAAAUGGUGAUGAUGGAGAAGGAGAAGCUGAUAGUGACGGUGAUGAAGAAGAAGGUGAUGAUGAUGAUGAUGAUGAAAAAGAUGAUGGUGGUGGUGGUGGUGGUGGACGUAUUGUAUAUGAGCCGACAGGUGAUAGAGCGAUGGAAGAUUUGCGUGAUAACAUCACAAAUGAAUAUGGUAGAGGUCGUUUACCGUAUUAAAUGUUUUAGUUGAUGAUUUAAUUUUUUUGCUUAUAACUUUGAUUGUCAUGUAAAUGUGAUAUUUAUUUAAGACUUGAUGUAAUAUUUAGCUUUUGUUUAUAAUAAAUAUUUUGAAUUAUUAUUUUGUUUCUAAUUUAGCUUAUGAUGUAUGAAAAAAAAUUGUUACAUUUGUAUAAUUUACAUUUGUAUAAUUGACCAAAAAAUUAUUAUCAAGUAAACAUAAUAUUUUAAUGGAUGUAAAUAUGUUUAAACUACACUUGAUUUAUUUAAAUACAAUUUUAUAAAAAAUUUAAAAUAAAUCUGAAAAAAUGAAAAUAGCCGCUGCGUCUGUCAAACGAACAACCCAAAAAUCUGCUUCCUGCGGCAGCGUCGGCGUCGACCUCAACUUCGUGCGUCUUCUAAACGAACAAUAAUCUGCGGCAGCGUCUGCGGCAGCGUCUGCGUCAGCGUCUGCGAAACGAACAACAACUGUUUUCAUUGACGCUGCCGCCGCCGCCGACGCAGACGCUGCCGCUGACGCCGAAACCUGCGGCAACCAAACGAACAGGGCUUUAGUAUACCUUCCAACUACCAAUGUGGGACACUUUGUGUCUAAUACGCCCCCUCGAGAUGAUGGUUCUUUGAGCGUCAAUCUCGGAAUGUUCGGGAAAGGAUCGAUAGACCAAUUUUGGGCCAGAUUGAUGGAUCGGGUUGGACUUCGUGGAUCGGGCUCUGAUACCAUGUUAAGCUAGAUGAGCUUCCAACCUAAAACCAAUUCGUGAUAAGUGGAGUGGCUCAUCUAUCUUAUAUAUUACUUAGGAUCCCUUCCAACUACCGAUGUGGGACACUUUGUGUCUAAUACAUCCUUUCUGCACAUUGACACAACUCCCUUCUAGCGUAAAUCACUUUAUCUUGGUCUCUAAAGUGUAAACCACACUCUUGUGUUAUUAUUACGUACGUGAAGUGAAGGAGUUGGCAGAGCAGAACCUCUUCUAAUCUGGUGUCAGUAGUUUUUUUUUUGGUUUACUGGUCUCAGUAGUUAGUAAUCUAUUUGCUAUUCAGUGUUGCCUUCUCAGGCUUCGAGCUUGCAUGGCACCAGCAAGAAAGACUUUUCGGUUCACGGCAUUUAACAUGCCUUAAGUGACUUUCAACCGGUAGGUGCUUAUCGAUGCAUAGACUAAGUGUAAACACAAUACUUCUAUCAAAUUAGAUUUUAUAUUUCAUGUUUGAAUAUUGUAUCGCAUCUAUCCUUUUUAUACUUCGUUCUUUUCUGCAAUCAAGGUAAUACCGAGAUUUUGACGUACUGUUAUUUUUUAAAAUAUCCGAUAUCAACUACCUAAGACAAUUAAUAAAAUCAAACAUAUAGAAAUUAUUAAUUUUCGUGCCAGAAGGUAACAUGUGUUGCAUGCUAAGUCCAUACAAAAUCAGUCAAACAUAAAACAACAAACAAUAGAGAUUGGAUAAGAUUAAACUUUAUAAAACCUUAUUAGAUUAAUAAUGUGGAGACUGGCAUAGCUUUUUUUGUGCGUGUGUUAUGUAAUUGUUCUACCGUAAAUGUCUUAUAUCUAAAGCCUAACCCUUUGUAUAAUAGGUUUCAAAAGAUAUACAACUCUUCCCUGU